AUGCAUUUCUCUCUUGUCCUGCACGCGCUGGUCGUUCCCAUUCUCCUGCUAUGGACAGACUCGACUGCCGCGCAUAGCGUCUCGCCAAGGCCGCUCAAACGAGUUGCAAACCCAUCCACGCUUGCCUUGGAGAUCCUCCCGCGAAAACAACAGCGCUCCGCCUCCCCAUCCUCCCCAUUCACCACCAAAGCCCCAUUACUACCCCGCUCGACCACCCUCCGCUUUGACGACUCCUUCCGCCUCACCAUCGCUGCUUUUGACGAAACCUUUCACCUCCAUCUCCGCCCCAACGACCACCUCAUUCACCCCGCAGCACGGAUAAGCUACUACGCCCUGGGCCCAGACGGGUCGUCCUAUGUCACGCAAACAAAGCCUUUGCUGCGCGAGUCGGUGAAAGCCUACGUGGGGGAGGUGAUCCAUGCCGACCAUUCUGAGACCCGAAUGCGGGAAGAUGCGGCUGGUGUGGUGCCAACCCCACACCCCUCAGAGCUGGGCUGGGCGCGUAUAAUGGUACAUCACCAGGGCGACAUCGACAGCGAUGUUGCGCCUGAAUUCGAAGGCUCCUUCACUGUUGACGGUGUUGUCUACCAUGUCGCCACCAAAGACAACUACUACCGCAACAAGCGGCCCCUUGACCCCGAUGUCCAGCCGAUUGAUAUUGUUGACUCGGAGCUCGUCAUAUGGCGCGACUCAGAUAUCAUGACCCACGAGGAGGAGCGGAUUGCAUAUGCGGGCCUCCCGAUCCCUGUACCAGAGACUUGUGGCCAUGACAAACUAUCCUACAACACCAACCCACAAGAGAAUGCCAUCUUACUGAAGGAGCAGUCCACCCCCUGGCUCGAUUCAACGCUCAACUUCUUUGGCAAUGUCUCCAAGCGUGACGAUGUCGUUGGUACAGAAAUGGGCACAAAUUUCGUGAACAACAUCGGACAAACAAUAGGCUGCCCGAACACACAAAAAGUGCUCUAUAUGGGUGUUGCCGCCGACUGUGUCUAUGUCCAGAAAUACGGCUCGCACGCCAACGCGACGAAACAGAUCUUGAACAAUUGGAACUCGGCCAGCUCGCUGUAUAAGUCGACCUUCAACAUCAGUCUGGGCAUCAUCGAGCUUCAAAUACAGAGCGAGGUCUGCCCCAAGCCGGUCAAUGCGUCAAUGCCCUGGAAUGUCGACUGUAGCACCGUCCCGCUCAAUGAUCGGUUGUCGCUUUUCUCACAAUGGCGCGGCGCCAAAGGCUCAGACGGUGUCGGGCUGUGGCAUCUGAUGAGUGGGUGUCCGACCGGUUCUGAGGUCGGAAUUGCUUGGCUUGCGACGUUAUGUCAGCAGAGCGCCUCGGGAUCUGCGCCCUCCGUUGUUUCAGGCACAGCUGUGUCCACUGCAGGCUUGACAGAGUGGCAGGUUAUCGCACACGAGAUUGGCCACAACUUUGGGGCUAUUGUGAGUGUUUCUGUUUUUGGUGUUGUUGAUAGGUGUGCUGAUGGAUGUACCUCGACAUCUGCGUGUUGUCCAUUGACCCCAGGCUCUUGUAACGCCAAUGCCAGAUUUAUUAUGAGCCCUGUUGCUCAGAAGGGCGAGAAGACCUUCUCGCCAUGCAGUCUGGGGAAUAUUUGCUCCUUGAUGACGGGUGUCCAGCGGACAAACACCACUUGCUUACAAGAUCCAUCGAGCCGAGUGGACACCAUCUCGCUGCAAAUGUGUGGUAACGGGAUCGUGGAGGCGGGCGAGCAGUGCGACCCGGGAGAAGGGGUUGAUUCUCCCUGCUGCGACUCCAAGACAUGCAAGUUCAAGACUGGCGCUGUCUGUGACCCAGAUAGCUCUCCUUGCUGCACAGCACAGUGCCGGUACGCGCCAACGACCCAGGUCUGCCGCCCCGCGGUUGACUCCAAGUGCGAUGUUCCCGAAACAUGCACGGGCGUGUCAUCCGACUGUCCGCCUGACAUCACGGCGCCGAAUGGCCAAAGUUGUGGCGCGAACGACCUCGCGUGCGCGAGCGGGAUGUGUACUUCUGUUGGCGUCCAAUGCCAAAUGUUAGGCGGCUCCAUGAAUCUCACACGAGCCUGCCCCAGCACCGGCUCGGGAACAUGCCAAGUCUCGUGCCAAGACCCCCGCCGCGCUGACCAGUGUAUUGUUUUGACUGCCUUGCUUGUCGAUGGCUCGCCAUGCGGGUAUGGAGGCAUUUGCGCUUCAGGCCAGUGUCAGUCCAAUGGGCUGUUUAGCACCGCCAAGGCGUGGUUCACGCAGAACUUGCAAAUCGCAAUCCCCGUUUCAAUCGUCGCCGGGUUGUUUGCAAUUCUCAUCAUCUGGGCACUCAUCCGGUUGCAGCGCUAUAUCGGUGCUGCCUGGGCAGACCAGAGAAGUACGCGACACAACCCAUGGCGCAGGUGGCAGGAAUGGGUCCGGGGCCGGGGCAGGCGCCACACCAAAGACUGGGAAGUAUUGACCAGUAUGGUCAGCAGCAACAGCAACAGCAACAGUACUAUCAACAAGGGCAAACCCCCACCGCAAGAGACAUACUGGGUUGACCCACGCCGCGGGUACAACGGCGGACGCCGCUUCCCUCUUACCUCGGGUCGGACGGUAACGGCCGCGACUACGAACCCAUAUUCCCCAGAAGCUAUCCAACGAUGGUCAGCUUCCGAGGCAAGCAAAACCGAGCUCAUUGGCGUGGCGCUCCCUGCGAUGUUAGCCCUUCUCCCACCGAUUCUCCAAGAUGAUCGGCCGGUCAAGCUGAACGACCCACUACAUCAAGCAGCCAUAGACCUUCUUUCUAUGUCUCUGCUCCAUCAAGUGGCUGACGCACGACAAACCAUUCUCUACACAGGGCCUGUAUCCCAGCCGGCAACUCCAUUGGAUGUAACGCGAACUACCACCGAAAACCCAGACAGUAAUGUCUUCACGGCUGCGGCUCGCACCACACAGGAUGCUCAUGUAGCGCUAAAAUGGCAUAAUGAAGACCAGGAACGUAUUGCCCAACUUGAAGCAGAGGCUGUGCAUUUACCCAUCCCUUCCGCACCCCUCACGCUUAGCUGGGAUCCAGACGCACACCUCACGUUUCCGCCGCCGGACCCAAAAUUAGGACUCGAGCCAUCCUUAUCGCCGAGUACCAGCCUAACUGGGACUAAAAGACCAAGGAAAUUCCAGCGGACCGCCAUGGCUCAUUCGUAUGUUACCCAAGCCCAACGGAAAAUUUCCCCUCCACCCGAUGCCGAAAAUUGGCGUAACUGGUUUAUGCUGCACCAGCAAGAGCCCUUUGCUGCAGCGCUCAGAAGUAAGGUCAAUGGCCGAGUCCAAAGCCACUUCACUGCCCAGGCAUCUCGAUUCCCUUUUGACUUGACCAUCCAGUAA